CACUCUCUAAACGGUCGUGUGGCGUGUUGGAAAAAAAAGGGCGAAAUAUAAUGCUGCACGGCGAUCAAGAUAAGCCCAAAAUGGCAAAACGAUCUGUGGGAUACGCCCUCAAACGCAGGAAUGAUCGUUUUGUGGUCGAGCCCAUCGAGGGAAUCGUGAAUCCAGCCUACGAACCCGAUCUUGGUGGAGAUACAUCCUCAACCAGUGACAUCAAUCGAAAAUGGCAAGUAUAACAAGC